UGUGUGGGAACCCGGAGUGCCGGCUGUGCCUGAGUGGGUGGCGGAAGAGGGUGAACCGGUUUUUCUCGAAGUCUUUCGCGUAUUUGCGCGCUUUUCUACAGACACAAAAGCCCAAACAGCCGCCGCCUGAUUUCUCUAGGGAUGGGGCGGUGUUCGGGCUGCGGGGCGCGUGCGCCCGGCGGCGGCCGCGCAGGGAAGGGCGUGUGUCGGACCGGCGGCCCCGCGCGUUGCCCCGGAGUUACUUUGGCGUCGCCCCGCCCCGCGCGCCCCGGCUGCUUCGUGCGGACCCCACCGCGGGUCUCGGCAGGCGGAGGGGAAGUCGGAUCGCUGGUCGCCGCCCUGCAAACUCAGCCGAGUUUGGGAGCACUCACGAGGGCUUGGGGAACGCUGGAGGGAACCUUAGUAGAGUUUGAGGAGCGGGCAGGGAAGGUCCCCAUGGACUCUGGGGUUAUCCCCAGAGCCUCUUCUUCCCUUCUGCAUCGCCGCCUAUUCAUUUAUUCUGCAGCAAAUAUUUAUCGAGCGCCUAUUUUAGGCGCUGAGGCUACUGUGAUGUUGGAUGACAAUAACCAUCUUAUUCAGUGUAUAAUGGACUCUCAGAAUAAAGGAAAGACCUCAGAGUGUUCUCAGUAUCAGCAGAUGUUGCACACAAACUUGGUAUACCUUGCUACAAUAGCAGAUUCUAAUCAAAAUAUGCAGUCUCUUUUACCAGCACCACCCACACAGAAUAUGCCUAUGGGUCCUGGAGGGAUGAAUCAGAGCGGCCCUCCCCCUCCUCCACGCUCUCACAACAUGCCUUCGGAUGGAAUGGUAGGUGGGGGUCCUCCUGCACCACACAUGCAGAACCAGAUGAACGGCCAGAUGCCUGGGCCUAACCAUAUGCCUAUGCAGGGACCUGGACCCAAUCAACUCAAUAUGACAAACAGUUCCAUGAAUAUGCCUUCAAGUAGCCAUGGAUCCAUGGGAGGUUAUAACCAUUCUGUGCCAUCAUCACAGAGCAUGCCAGUACAGAAUCAGAUGACAAUGAGUCAGGGACAACCAAUGGGAAACUAUGGUCCCAGACCAAAUAUGAAUAUGCAGCCAAACCAAGGUCCAAUGAUGCAUCAGCAGCCUCCUUCUCAGCAAUACAAUAUGCCACAGGGAGGCGGACAGCAUUACCAAGGACAGCAGCCACCUAUGGGAAUGAUGGGUCAAGUUAACCAAGGCAAUCAUAUGAUGGGUCAGAGACAGAUUCCUCCCUAUAGACCUCCUCAACAGGGCCCACCACAGCAGUACUCAGGCCAGGAAGACUAUUACGGGGACCAAUACAGUCAUGGUGGACAAGGUCCUCCAGAAGGCAUGAACCAGCAAUAUUACCCUGAUGGUCAUAAUGAUUACGGUUAUCAGCAACCGUCGUAUCCUGAACAAGGCUACGAUAGGCCUUAUGAGGAUUCCUCACAACAUUACUACGAAGGAGGAAAUUCGCAGUACGGCCAACAGCAAGAUGCAUACCAGGGACCACCUCCACAACAGGGAUAUCCACCCCAGCAGCAGCAGUACCCAGGGCAGCAAGGUUACCCAGGACAGCAGCAGGGCUACGGUCCUUCACAGGGUGGUCCAGGUCCUCAGUAUCCUAACUACCCACAGGGACAAGGUCAGCAGUAUGGAGGAUAUAGACCAACACAGCCUGGACCACCACAGCCACCCCAGCAGAGGCCUUAUGGAUAUGACCAGGGACAGUAUGGAAAUUACCAGCAGUGAAAAAGUACUUACAUUCCAAUAGCCAGUAUCUAUUAGCAGCCAUAUUGUCACCUCAGCACUGUGGACACCUCCCUGUGAAGAGAUCCUUCCAUUCCAUCUAGUUUUUGGAAAAACCUUGUGGAUAAGUGGCUGUUUCAUCAGUAAGCAGCCUUUGUGGUUUAGUUAUAAAAGGCUUUAGUAGCUCAAAAAUACUCUUGAUUUCACAUUUCUACUCUAGAUGGCAACAUUGGACAGAAAAUGCAAUGACAUAACCAAUUUGUAAUGAUUUUGGAACUGUGUUUCAAAUGGACUGUUACAGACUGAAAGGUGUGAACAGCUUUGUAUGUUUAUGAAGGGUAAGGGAAUUUAAUACUUUUCCACAGAUUUUUUUGUAAGGGGAAGAGGGAAAUGUACACUUUUUACAGCAGCAAUAUUUUGUAUAUUAUGUUUAUUUCAUGUGGUGAAUAUGCAAGGCGGUACACUACGCACUGGACAGAAUCAGAAAUCCUCUGUUAAUGUGGACUGGAGCAUGGUAGAUGCUUGAUUGUUUUGGUCUCAAAAUGGUGUGCUAUAAAGAUAAAGGUGAGGGGAAGACAAAGCACACCAUAUGUCCACUGUUCUGUUCUCAUAGAGGAAAUUCAAAUCCCUUUUAUCUAUUAGAUAAUCAAGGGCACUGUGAUACAGUUUUGAGUAAAAAGACAUUUUGUAAAAGCCUUCCAGUUUUGUGUAUUAAACCUUUUUAUAAAGAUCAUUUAUAAUACUGUUUUAAAAUGUGAGGCAAUAAGAAUUACUUUGUGUUGGAUCUGAGGAGGCUUUGGUAAAACAGUUUCAUAUAUAUGAAAGUGGUAAUCCUCUUCUAAAAUAGCAAUAACUGAAAAUGAAAGUGUUAAUUUUACCUUGUUUGAGUUAUCAGGGAACUUAGUAAGUAAUAUCAAAGCAUUUUAUAAAUGAUAUCAAAGAAGAGUCAACAUUGAUCCAGUAAUUUUAUUUUGUAACAUUGAGGGAUAAUUGGUUAUUAAACUGAAUAGUUCAGGAGACUUUACAAACCUUUGUUUCAACUUUCUUAUCUGGAAAUAAUAUCAUUUAUAAAGGGACACUUUUAUGUUUUUCCCUUUUUUAUGUUGGUUAAUAUAACACAAAGAGAUAUUUAGGAAAAUGCUUAUUGAUGAGGCUUAUUCUAUCUGUUUUUAAAGCACAGAGGUUGCAUACUAGAUAACCUUGUUUAUUAGCAUGGCAUAUUUUAAUCAUUAUUUGAGACUGUCCUGUGCCUGAUUAUUUUAGCUAAAUUCAGGGAGAUUGCGUAGGGCAGGAAAGCAUGCAUUGAAAAAUUUCUAACCACGGUUAUUUAAGCAUAAUCUGAAAACAUCUAGCCCAAAGGUAAGUUGCUAUUUUCAUCACAGUUGCCUAUACCCAGGGAAUAAGAUGUAUUCUUUAUAAUUGAAUUGGUUUUUCCCACUUCUAACUGGAAACAAAAGAGAAGGGGUGUCAUAAAUUUGAAUAAGCAGAACAUACUGUUCUCUUAAUACUGUAAUCAAAAGGAGGAAUUUCAGUGGGUCUCUGUGUGUGUAUGAGAGAGAGUGUGUGUUUGUGUGUUUCAAGGUCAGAAUAGGUUUUUUUGUUUUUGUGUUUUGUUUUUUUUUUUGAGAUGGAGUCUUGCUCUUGUCGCCCAGGCUGGAGUGCAGUGACGAAAUCUCAGCUCACUGCAACCUCCGCCUCCCAGGUUCAAGCAGUUCUCCUGCCUCAGCCUCCUGAGUAGCUGGGAUGACAGGCACCCACCACCACACCCAGCUAAUUUUUGUACUUUUAGUAGAGACGAGGUUUCGCCAUGUUGGCCAGGCUGGUCUCGAACUCCUGACCUCAGGUGAUCCACCCGCCUCGGCCUUCCAAAGUGCUGGGAUUACAGGCGUGAGCCACCGUGCCUGGCCAGAAUAGGUUUUUUCUUUCAACUUGAUCAGUAGAAAAUGGACAUCAAGUUUGAACAGAUAAAGCAUGGACAGCCUUAUUGUGAUUGAAAUGCUUGUAGGUUCUGUGCCAAUUUUCCACCACUGUGUACUUUGUUGCUAUUUAAAACUGUAUCAACUCUAACGGAAGAAUAAAUUAUUUGUGAUUUUAA